AUGGAAGCCAAUCAUCUAUUACACAGUGGAUAUUUCAAUGAGACACUUCGAUCUUGGCAUAGUUCGAACACAUUACUUAACAUCAGUCAAUUGAUCUAUCCUGUCUUUGUCACUGAUCUUAUUCCAGAUGAAUCGAGCGAAGAAAUUCCCAAUUUUCCUGAACAACGUCGCUAUGGUGUUGAUGCUCUUACUGAACACUUAGCGCCAUUAGUUAAAAAAGGUCUUAAAACUGUUCUUAUCUUCGGUGUGACAGCAGAUACAAACAAAACCUUGAAUGCUGCGUACGCAUCGUCGAAAGAUUCACCUGUUCGCCGGUGUUUACCGAAACUUCGUUCAAAGUUUCCAUCGUUAACUCUUGCUGUCGAUCUAUGUCUAUGUGCUUAUACAUCGCAUGGACAUUGCGGUAUACUUAAAUCGGAUGGUACGAUCGAUAAUCAAGCAUCUAUCGAACGUCUGGCUGAAAUAGCAUUAAGUUGCGCACAAGAUGGUGCUCAUAUUAUUGCACCAUCAGAUAUGAUGGAUGGACGGAUAGGUGCAAUAAAGAAGAUAUUACUAGAAAACAGUUUAGGAAGUUCAGUGGCUGUGCUCUCCUAUUCUUCAAAGUUUGCCUCAUGCUUCUAUGGUCCCUUUCGUGAUGCUGCUCAAUCGGCACCUUCAUCAGGAAAUCGACGAGCGUAUCAGCUACCCGCAGCGGCAACUGGUCUAGCCAUACGUGCAGCUGAACGUGAUGCGAAUGAAGGAGCCGAUAUGUUAAUGGUCAAGCCCGGUGGCCCAUUUUUAGAUAUAAUCAAAGAAGUUAAACAGCGUUUCCCCCACCAUCCCCUAGCUGUUUAUCAAGUUUCCGGUGAAUAUGCAAUGCUAUGGCAUGCAGCACAUGCUAAUGCUUUUGAUUUGCGAACAGCUGUUAUUGAAAGUUUAGUUGGAAUGAGACGUGCUGGAGCAGAUAUUCUUAUUACUUAUUUUACGCCUCAACUGCUGGAUUGGUUAAAAGAAGAACCACAAUACUAG